CUGGUUCAACAAAAUCCUCUAAGAGUAAGAAGAUGUGAUCCUAAUUCUACACUUUUUACACUUGUUAAAAAAGAAUUCUUUUCAUUAUAUUUACCUAUGAGAAAGAGGAAUCAUAGUCAUAUUCCAUUCUCUCAGUCUCUCUCUCACUGAGAUAAUGAGUAUCCAAUAGAAUCGUUUUUUAAUUUAAGAAUUACUCUUUCUCCCUUUCACUGAAUAUUCUUCACUUCAAUAUGGUCCGUCAGAUUUCAAAAGCAAUUUUAGUUGCUUCCGGUGUAAUAACUGGAUUAGCAACUAUAGCUAUUAUAUCUUACUUUAGACAAUCUCAUGAACGACAAGAGAACUCAAAUAGACUAAGACGCUCACGACAUAUGCGAAGAAGACGAAACAAUACAGAAGAAGCGGGUAAACCUCUGUCAUUGUUUAAGGAAUGGGGCGACGAUGACAAUAGGAAUCUACUGAACCUUUUACAUGCUAUUUCAGAAAACCAAUCCCGAAAAGAAGGAUACAUACAUCGUGGAAUUACUUGCAAUAAAUGCAGCGUAUCGCCCAUUCGAGGGACACGGUACAAGUGCGCUAAUUGUGUCGACUUUGAUUUAUGCGAAAUGUGUGAAGGAUCUAAUAGUCAUAUCAAUACCCACGUCUUUCUAAAGAUUCGAAUACCCAUUCCACCAUUAGCUAAUCCACGAAGUGCACUAUUACCAUCCUUUUAUCCUGGUAAACUUCACAGCAAGGCUCCGUUAUCUUUGGAAAAAUACAAAGAGCUACAGAAUUCAUCACACUUUGAUCAAAUAGAAUUAGAAGCACUAUAUGAACAAUUCAAGACCCUUUCUACAGUGGAUACAGAAGAAGGAGGAAUCGACCGAGAGACAUUUGAACAGUGCCUUGGUCCUUUAGGAUUAGAAAAGAAUUUGAUCACAGAAAGGAUAUUUGCUUUCUUCGAUCAAGACAGUGAUGGAAUUAUUAGUUUUCCUGAAAUUGUGCAUGGCCUAAGUAUACUCUGUAAAGGAAAUUUAGAUGAAAAGAUUGAAUAUGCCUUCAAAGGCUACGACUUGGAUAAUGAUGGAUAUAUAUCCAGAGAUGAACUUUAUAGAAUGUACAAAUCUUACUUUUAUUUAUCGAUGGAGCUUGUCCGAGAUGUAGUAAGCGCAAUGGAAGAUGAAAUGAUGGAUUCUUUUGAAUUUUCAGCGUCACAACCAGUAAGCGCUGCAUUCAAUGUAGCCAUGCCUUCUACCUCUUCAGACAGACAGCAGAGUGAGAGUGAAAAUGAUGGGUCUAUUGAUGAUAAUGAAGCUGGACCUUCAACCAAAAAGAGAAAGUAUCCCUUAAAAGAAGAUCACUUUCUAAGACAGUACGCACUUGAGGCAGAACAAGCUAGAGUGAUUGCUAAUGCAUCUGAGGCACAAGUAGAUGAUAUGACAGCAGAUGCUCUUCGCACGGAUAGUCAAAAAUUACUUUUAUCAAAAGACGAUCUAAAAAGCAAACAAAAGAAUGGAAAGAAGGUGUGGGAAGAGAAGUUCCCAAUCAUGGAGACAAUGACACAAGGAGCCAUUAAUGAAAUGGUUGAUAAGACAUUCAAAAGCAUCAAGACAGAAAGAGAUGGCUAUAUUAACUUUGAAGAAUUUAAACAGUGCGUUCAAACUGAUUCAAGUAUUGUGAGCUGGUUUGAAGCAUUGGGUACAGUCUUUUAGAAUAAAUGGAUCUUUUAGCGAAUACCACAUGAUCCUAUAGGAUAUAUAAGAAACUGUUGACUCUUCUUUACUCUUCCUGAAGCUCUAUAUUCUAUCAUAUAGCCAUUUUAUAGUCAGACGCUUUGAUCUAUAAAGGUGUAAAUGCUCUUUAAAUAAACAAAGGACACAUGAUCAACUAACUAAGGAUACACGGACGCUUUUUUAUAUAUGAAUGUAAAAAAAAGAAGAUAUCAUCUUCACAUCUUAAAACGAUG